AUGGCUGGUGAGGACAGUUUUAUAGUGUUGGUUCACCACAGAGGAUCGAUUAAGAGGAAAACUCGGUCAGGUGUCAAGUUCACCGAUAAGGAUCAUCUCUGUAUUAUCGUGAGUUCUACGAUGAGUUAUGAUGACCUUGCUAGGUCUGUACUGGAAAAACUUGGUCUGGAAGGUGUUAAAAGGGUAAAGAAGUUUUUCUAUCACAUUCCAAUCACGGUGCUCCAAGAUAGCGUGAAGUAUGAUAGUUUCACGAUCAGGAAUGAUGAGGACUUGCAGGUCAUGUUUCUUUGUCGCCGGCAGUUUUUCAAAGUUCGGACACCGGAGCUGUUGGCAAAGCUGGUUGAUGUGGUGUCCAGCUCGGGGGGUUCGAACCGGAAUACCAACGCUUUAGCGACGGUUGCCGGUUCUAGCUCAAGACCUGCCGUUACAUCUUCCUCAGUCCCUGCUUACGAGCCACCCGCCCCGCCUGUUGCCUCCCCUUCGUUUGCUGUUGAUCUCAACGGCAGUGUUGGCGACGAGGUUGGAACAACGGAACUUUUUUGGACCUCUGUACACUGUGCUGCACCGGCUAGGGCUGGAGAUGGAUUGUUUGAUGAUGUAGAGGACGAUGAUGUCGAGCCGGAUAUGAUUGCUGAUGAUAGUGGCGAUGAGAUCGAAGCGAGUGAGCCUGCCGGUGCCGGUGGUAGCUCUAGCUCUGGCACGCAGCAGUACCCUCCACAUUUUUCAUCUUUGGACUUGGAUGCCAUGAGGCAGCCGGGGGUACCUGGGGAGGCUGCAGGAUUUGGGUUCUGA